UGUCUUUGAACGCAUCACUGCCAGUUUCACUGCCUUUUUAAAGAGUGUCCCCUCACACCGAAGCUUGUUUCCCCUGUAGUGACCAUUGUUAAUGAGUGGAGUAAUGAUGAGGACCACUGGCCAUCUGCUCUCUCUCUGGGUUUGGAUCAACGCUGGCAUCAAUGCUGUCACAACCGGUUCUAAGUGUGGGAGUCCUCGGGUGGGGAGCCCGAUGGGCCGCUCUCUGAGGGUGGUUGGGGGAGCCCCCGCCAUAUACGGUUCACAUCCAUGGCUUGUCUCCCUGAGGAACAGGGGCUCUCACUUCUGUGGAGGGGCCAUCGUGACUGACCGCUGGAUCCUGACCGCUGCACACUGCUUUGCAUCACGCUCAAAAGAGUUUCUCAGUGGUGUGACAGUGGUGGUGGGAGAGUUUGACCAGACUGUAGAUGAUGAAGAGGAGCAGGUUUUUCUCAUCAAGUCGGUCUCAGUCCAUGAGGAGUACCAUCAUGCUUUGCCUUUCCGCUAUGACAUCGCCCUGGUGGAGUUGAAUCAGCACAUUCUACUAGGCACGUUUCUAUUUUUACCACAAGUGUAUUUACUGUCACUCUGA